AUGCUAGAAUUGAGGAGACCUAAUGGCCUGAUAGGAAGCCGCAGCCAAGGAUGGGCCUUGACUCUUCAUUGGUGCUUGGAUGCUCUAGAAAGGACCAUUGGACCCGAGAGGGCUGCCAAACUACCAGGCGCCGUAGUAGAUCGAACACUGAAGAAGGACGCUGGAAACUUCUUGUUCCUGAACUGCGAGACUGCGGAAACCCUCUACAAGAUCCCGCCAUCCAAGAGACGUCUUCGAUUACACCGCCAGAAGCUGAGGAACGUGCUAGCAGACGGCGUCAACGUGCAAGAGGGCAAGAAACUGACCAGAGUCGAGGACAUCGAGGGCGGCGUCAGGGCGCACUUUGCGGACGGCACGUUCGCGGAUGGAACGAUUCUCAUUGGCGCAGAUGGCAACAACAGCAACGUCAGAAAGCACCUUUUGCCUGACGACCAUGCUCUGACACUCUUGCCCGUUCAUCUUGUGGGUGUCAUUAGGCACUUCACCGCAGACCAAGGAGAGCCGAUCCGGAAGCUCGAUCCCCUGCUGUUUCAGGGGCUGCACCCAAAGACGGCGGACUACCUUUGGUAUAGCAUCCAGGAAGUCAACGAGGAGCCUGACGGGAGGAUUAACUAUGAUGCGCUAGUGAUCAUCUCGUGGAUCAUGAAAGAUCCAGUCAAGGAUGCCAUACCCAAGACGAACCCGGAGCGCAUUGCCAUGAUGAAGAAACGAGCCGCUGGAUUCGCCGAGCCACUGCGAAGCAUCGUUAUGGAUAUCCCGGAUGAUCUUGAUUUCACAACCCCCCUGAGGCUUGGUGACUUCCCGUGCAGAGACUGGGACAACAAGGGUGGUCGCGUCACUCUGGCUGGUGAUAGUGCUCACGCGAUGACCAUGUAUCGAGGCGAGGGAGCAAAUCACGGAAUCCUAGAUGCUGCUUUGCUAGUGGAUCAGCUUAAGAAGAUUCACAAGGGGGAGAUCAAUCAGAAGUUGGCGAUUGAUCAAUACGAGGGUGAGAUGAGGCCUCGAACCCAUACGGCGGUUCUGAAGAGUCGUGCAGCGGCCUUGGUUGCACACGAGUGGGACCAGCUCACGGAAGACUCCCCAGUCAUCGGUGCAAGAUCAGCGCCCGAGACGGCCUUGCGAUCCCCAUUUUUAGCUCACGAAGAUCAAUUCAAAAUGGCUCCUUCAAUUGCUGAAUUGCCCGUUGAGACAUCGAGACAAGGCUUCUAUAGCAAGCUGAAGAUCUCGGUGGAUGAUAAAGCUGGGUUGGAGAAGGCCAUUCGUGAUAAGGAGCUUGUUCCCUUGUGGAACACUGGUGGACCACCGACCUCUCUGGAACCUCACAGCAGGCACAUCCCCGCCGUUUGGAAGUACGACGAUACGAAGAGCCUUCUGCUUCGCGCGGCAGAGCUCGUCGAUGCGAGGGAGGCGGAGAGGAGGGCGGUCCUCAUGAUCAACCCUGGCCCAAAACAGCCCCCGUUCACCCUAGAUGCUAUACUUGCCGCUCAUCAGCUCAUCCUACCUGGUGAAAAGGCCGUGUGCCAUCGCCAUACACCAUUUGCAGUGCGGUUCUUGAUCGAAGGCGAUGCAGGAUACACGGCGAUCUCUGGCAAGAAGAUGUUCAUGAAGCCUGGAGACCUUAUCAUUACGCCUUCCUGGAAUUGGCACGAUCAUGGCAAUGAGGGCACCAACAAUGUGAUCUGGCUCGACGGAUUGAAUAUCCCGCUCUUUAAGCAUCUUCCCGUUGAUUUCACGGAGCAUUACGAGGAAGUGUACGGCGUCGACACUCAUGAGUCAAAGGUCGUGUCUGAUGCUGAGGCUGCCGACAUGAAGUUCCCUUGGAUCAAGACUCAGGCGCGGCUCGAUGCCCAAGGAGGAGACUACUCCACUGUCGAGUAUUUACUUCCUAACGGCAGACCGGUGUCAACCACAGUUGGCGCUUAUGCGCAUCGGAUCGCCGCUGGCAAGAAGGGCAAGGCGGUACAAGAGACGGCGGGCAACAUCUUCCAGGUACAUGCCGGCCAAGGAUACACAGAAGUCACUUCGCCAAAGGGCGAGGUCAGCACAUUGCGAUGGGGCAAGGGAGACAGCUUCUGCAUUCCUCCGUGGAACAGGUACCAGAUCUUUGCUGAGGGCGAAGAUGCGUACUUGUUCAACUUCUCAGACAAGCCGAUGCAGGUGACUCUAGGCUUUUGGAGGUCGAAAGAGUAA